GUUCUGUGCAUCAUCGUUAUGGCAUCCGAGAAACCAAAGACCGAUUGUAACGAAUCUCCAGAGUACGUAAUUGUAUCAGAAACAGAAGAGAGUGAACGUUUGGAACUUCCUUUGUUACCUGAUGAUAACUCUCUUAGUUUGAACACUUUAGUUCAUGCAUUUCCGGGGGCUCAUGGAUUAAAAUACAAGAAUUCCAUGACAGGAGCUAGCCGAGCUUUACUUAUGGAUCCUCAAGGGACGCGUUUCCUUUCUCCUACUGAUGGUUGGAAGAAUAAGACUUUUAUUGUCAUCUAUCCUCAUCGUGGAUCAGGUAUUUAUUGCGUUGCAAGACGUUUUUGA